AUGGAUAGAAUAUUUGACCUCACUCUAAAACACCUUUCCGAGGACCGCUCACGAUUCCUCUGUAAAGCGCAGGUGUGGGACGUUAAAGCCGUCGAGAGCCAAAAGAGCUCAAGUUUGUAUUUCGAUCUGUUUCAGGAACAUUGCAUCACGCAUGAAAUUAUGAGAAGGGUGAGCCCAACAGAAGCUGAACUGAUAAAAGAUCCUAGCAUGAGGUGUAAGGUCAGAUUCAGAUUUGCUGGUCAGGAGUUUCCACCUUUCAUCGUGUUUAAGAUUUUUCGCCACACUCAAGGCCAAGGCAGCAAGUACAUUAGUGGAAAAAGAAUAAUAAGUCCAUCAAAUGAGGCAGCAGCUGAUGCUUGCAAGUUAAUGGGACAUCGGAAAUAUUAUGAACAAUUAGUACAAGACGAGCUUCAGUACCAAAAGCAAAGGAUAACAGAUGAAACAGAUGUUGCUACAAUGAAAGACUACAUGCACUAUAUCAGUAAUCUGGAUGAAACCCCUGCAUACUUUGGUGGCAGGAAUAAUUGCUGGAGAAGGUUGUCUCUGAACAAUUUCCCUAGGACAAUGAUAGUGUAUGACAUAAUGGAUUAUGCACAGUCCAGAACAAUGUCAGACAGACUUAAAAAGGAGCUGAAGUUGCUGCUGCUGAGGCCACAGAAUAAAGAGCUUUGGCAUGAUCAACUCAAGGCUGUUUCUAAUAUUAGGUCGUCAUUUCCAUGUAAUUCAUCAGUCACCUCUUCGUCUUGCUCUUACCAACGCACUACAGCGUCCAUGCAAUCAACACGUUGCUCUUCUCAAGCUCGACAGAAGAUAGCAAAAAUGAAGAGGGCCUAUUUGUAUGAGAAAGAAAAAGAGGCACAGAAACUGGAUAUUACAAACAGGAGUGACUUCACUGAACAUCAAGAAGCUACAAUCGCACAAGCUGAAAAGCCUGAGGAUCAAUCUAUUCUUACAGAUGAAGAAUGGGAACAUGAAGCAGCUAAAUUGUAUGCUUGGUCCCAGGCGUUAUCUCUUGAGGAUGUUGGAUGAUUUUCAUCCAUAGCUAAUGUAUAAAUCUUCAGAAGUUAGGGCACUGGAAAAUGACUAAACUUUAGUCUUCUGAAUGCUUGCAGUUCUGCUUUGAACAGACUGCAAAUGUAAAAGCAUCGCUUCCUACACCUACUUAACGAGUUUAGCAAAAUGUAUACUCAUUGUCAUUGUUUUUCACUGUGGAAAACCAAAAUAAAAACAACUCUGCACUGCAAAGCGAGGGCAAAACUAAAACUGAGCAAGUGUGAUAACUUUGUAAGGUUCAGAACUGUGAAGUAGGGCUAGUUCAUUAUUUGGGCAUUAGAAAGUUUAUACUAUUUCUGUGAUUAGAAUGUUUAGUUUAACUCAUGUAGAGCUCAGCCUUACUCCCCUUGCUUUUGGGGAACAGUACUGAACCAAAAUGCAGAUCUUUCAGAAGUCAACCAAAAAUUUCCACUAAGGUUGUUAAUAAUUUGAUCAGCACCAAAUGUUGAGUUGUUUUUUUUUAAUUAAAAGCUACAGUUGAGUUAAUUAUCAGCACCUGAUUUGUCUAACAGUAUAUUUCUUUUCAGUGUUCUGAUAACCUGUCAGAAGAAACAGUGAAGGAAAAAAAUAUCACUCGAUAGUAAGAAACACUUCUAGAUGGCAAUACAUGAACUCCAAGAAUCAGGAAAAAGGUUUUGUACUUUAAAGUGUCUUUUGAAACUUGACAAAUUUUUAACUUUCUGGGUUUCAUUUUAAUACUAAAAAUUGCCAUCAGAAGUUAAAAUAAGUUCUUGGUAUCAAAUUGCCACCAAUGUUGGGGGGAAAAAAAAAAAAUCUGAGAACAACCUGUAAAGAGCCAGAGGGAGGACCAAGAACAGCUGUUAAAUGAGACAAAUCCCAUGGAACAUCCACAGCCAACCAAGGAUUACAAGUAAUUAGGACUCUAUCCUAGAAAUAAAUUAGCCAACAGGACUUUGAGCAGUGCAAGAAAAGAGCAAAACAAUUCCCUGCUUUCCAGGAGUGAAAACGAAGGCUACGCCACACCAAUACAGCAGUAAGUGCUUAUGCGGUGCUUUAUACUGGCAUCAGCGUCACUGUCAUGAACACAAUUCCAUACAUUUUGUGACUUCUGAAAUCCGAAAAGGGAAGCAGAGAAAAGGAAUAUACUGAAACCUUUAUUUUAUUCCCCUGGGAUUAAGGAAGUUAAACUAAAAAAGCAGCACAUAGGGAAAGUAUUUGGUUUCAGUUAGCAUUGCUCAAUUCUUUUAACAAAGAAGGGAUAGAAAAGUCUGACAGUCUCCUCAGUACUACUCAAAUAUAUAAACAGACCCGUAACACAGCGCGUAUAUUAUCUCCAAGCAUAAAGGGCUACACACGUGACGUUUUACAGUGCCUGUAUGCCAAUACUAGGACCUAAGGUAAUGAACUACUGGAGAUAAAGAUUUUCAUAUAGAAAAAGAAUUAUGUUGGUUUAACUGAAAUUUGUGAGGUGAACCAUAUGACAAAAAAGCAAAUGAAGCAAUGCUUAGAUAUGCCUGAGGACAUACUGAAAAUGGAUAUGAGAAAGGAAGCUGCUGGUAAGACAUCAUCAUCUUAUCUGGUAAAAUUAAAUAAUGUAAGAGGGUUAACUAAUAAAACCAUGUAUCUCAUUA